AUGCCUGACUUCUCACUUCAUUGCAUUGGUGAAGCCAAGAUGAAGUUCACAAUUGCCUUUGCUGGACUUCUUGGUGUCUUCCUGACUCCUGCCCUUGCUGACUAUAGUAUCAGUGUCAACGAUGACGGCAACAGUGGUGGAAGUGGGCAGCAGUCAGUGAGUGUCAACAAUGAACACAACGUGGCCAACGUUGACAAUAACAAUGGAUGGAACUCCUGGAAUGCCCUCUGGGACUAUAGAACUGGCUUUGCUGUAACCAGACUCUUCGAGAAGAAGUCAUGCAUUGUGCACAAAAUGAAGAAGGAAGCCAUGCCCUCCCUUCAAGCCCUUGAUGCGCUGGUCAAGGAAAAGAAGCUUCAGGGUAAGGGCCCAGGGGGACCACCUCCCAAGAGCCUGAGGUACUCAGUCAACCCCAACAGAGUCGACAACCUGGACAAGUUUGGAAAAUCCAUCGUUGCCAUGUGCAAGGGGAUUCCAACAUACAUGGCUGAAGAGAUUCAAGGAGCAAACCUGAUUUCGUACUCAGAAAAGUGCAUCAGUGCCAAUAUACUCUGGAUUCUUAACAUUUCCUUCUGUGGAGGAAUAGCGGAGAACUAAAAAAAAGAAAGAAAGAAAAAAAUUUGCUAUGGGUUUAGCCAUCAAGAAUAUUCUAGGCAGAAAUUAUGGGUUCUAAUGGUUUUUAUCUUGUCAUUCUGAAAUGUUUUCUUCUAGUUGAAGUCUAAAUAAACCUAUUUAGCACUGACGUC